CCAGCAAGAUGAGUUUUACGGUGGACCACCACUACUAUGGCCCGGCGUCAUACCGCAAGGCUCGGCCAGUCUCCCUCUCCUCUUCCGGCUUCCAAUCUCAGCGCCGUCGUACAGUCAGCAGCCAGCCGUCUUCUACAGACAGCGUGGAUGUCUUUACCGGGGACAUGUCGAGAAGGAACGAAAAGGAGGUUCUUCAGACUCUAAACGACCGGUUCGCGGGCUACAUUGACAAGGUGCGAAACCUCGAGAUGCACAACAGGAACCUGGAGGCAGAAGCGGCAGAGCUGAGGCAGAACCAGGCUGGACGCGCGUCUGUUGGAGAGCAUUACGAUCGCGAGCUGGGGGACCUGAGGGGUCUGGUGCAGCAGCUGACCGGAGAGAAAGCUCGUGCGGUGCUGGAGCACGAGCAUCUGGAGGAGGACAUCCAGAACGUGCAGGCUAAACUGGAAGACGAGGCACGCACCCGCGAGGAGAUGCUGGCCGCUACGCGGGCCAUGAACAAGUAUGUGGAUGAGUGCGGUCAUGCCCGGCUCGAACUGGACAAGAAGCUUUGCGCACUACAAGAAGAGGCCGCUUUCCUGAAGAAGAACCAUGACGAGGAGGUUGCAGAACUUCUCGCACAAAUCCAGGGCGCCCAGGUGAACUUUGAGGUUCGAGACACUCUCAAAGCAGACGUCACGAGCGCACUGAGGGAGAUUCGCGCACAGCUGGACGGACACGCAACAAAGAGCGCAACGCAAGCUGAAGAAUGGUUCAAAGUGCGCAUGCAGCGUCUGUCGGAGGCGGCGCACGACAACACCGAGGCGAUCCGCGGCGCCCAGGAGGAGAUCUCCGAGUACCGGCGCCAGCUGCAGAGCCGCACCAUCGAGCUGGAAACCCUGCGAGGAACCAAGGAGUCUCUGGAGAGGCAGCGCAUGGACACCGAGGACAGACACAACGGAGAUCUCAACUCCAUGCAGGAAACUAUCCACCAGCUGAGCAAUGAGUUGAAGAGCACCAAGUGGGAGAUGGCCAGCCAGCUGAGGGAGUACCAGGAGCUGCUCAACGUGAAGAUGGCUCUGGACAUCGAGAUCGCUGCCUACAGGAAGCUGCUGGAAGGCGAGGAAACACGUUUUGUUUCGGGGAUGGGGCCGUACUCCUACCUGACGCUGAAAGGAGAAGAGAUGUCCGACACGGUUAUCCUGGAGGAGCAGACCGACGAGACUCAGGUGACGGAGGUGACGGAGGACGCAGAAGAGGGGGAUGACGAGGCAGAGGCAGGAGAGGACGAAGGAGACAAGGAGGGAGAAAAGGAGGAAGGAGGUGAGGAAGAGGGUGACGAGACCAAAGCAGAAGGAGAGGGUGAGGAAGGAGGUGACGAAACCAGGGAGGAGCAGGCCGAGGGAGCUGAAGAGGAGGAAGAGGGAGGUAACGAGGUGAAGGAAGAGGACAACAAGUCAAAGUCGCCUGAGAAGGCGGCCUCACCUCCAUCCAAGUCACCCCCCAAGUCUCCAGCAGUCAAAUCCCCAGAAUCCAAGUCACCUCCAUCCAAAUCACCUAUGCCAAAAUCGCCUGCCAAGUCACCAGCAGUCAAAUCACCAGUGGACGACAAGUCAAAAUCCCUGGAAUCCAAGUCCCCCGCUGUGAAAUCACCCGAGUCCAAAUCUCCGCAGCCCAAGACCCCCGAGCCCAAGUCCCCCGUCACCAAAGACCCACCAAAGGAGGAGAAGAAAGAGCAAGUGAAGGAGGAGGAGAAAGAGAAGCAGGACCCUAAGAGCAAGGUCGAGGACAAGGCCGACAAACCAGACGCGAAAAAGGAGAAGAAGCCAGAGGAGAGCCCCAAAUCGGCCAAGCCCGAAGAGGACAAGCCCAGCCCCAAGUCCCCGGCCAAGAAAGAAGAGAAAUCUGCUACUCCGAAAACAGACGAGCCCCAGGUCGAGGUGAAGCCCGCCCCUAAAGCGGCCACGCCCGAGAAGGCGGAGAGCAAGAAAGAGGAGAAGAAACCAGAGGCCAAGAAGGAGGAGAAGGAGGAGAAGAAGGAGGAGAAGAAGGAGAAGAAGGAGAAGGAGGAGAAGAAGGAGGAGAAGAAGCCGUCCCCCAAAGCGGCCGACAUUAAGGACGCAGGGAAGACGAUCGAGAAGUCUUCCAGCACGGAGGCCAAGGAGAGCAAGGAGGAGAAGGCCAAGAAGUGAGUCCGAGAUGAUGCGUUUGGACUCGGGCCUGAGGACCAAUCAGGGGUGGGUGGGGUUGGGGAGCAUUUCAGCAGCCUUUUAUCUCAAGAGUAGGUGGGCCAAAGCCAAGCAGGGUGACAAUCCUGUGCGUAAGCAAUAGUGAUCCAUAGCAAAUAAUACUUGAAAUAAAUACUUGAUGUACCUUGACAUGACGCUUCUAAAGUUUGACUAGUGAAUGCAGAAAGCUGUUAAAACUCUUCCCUGAAUGUGACGACUGCCUGUAUAUCGUUCUCAUAACAAGUGCAUUUCAACCCACUCCUUGUGAGGAGGAGUGUAUAGAGGUUCACAAUGUGAAAAGAAAACUAUAGAUUGUGUGACAAAAUAAUAUAUGACAUAUGUAUAUUUAUGAAGAGAUAGAUCAAACGUGUUAUAUUCUAUUUAUGAUUAUGAAUCGGUUGAACGACUGAACUUUGCUUGUUGUGCACUGCAGAUCCCCCUGAGGUGCUCCACGCUAGGCUGUAACUGCACAUGAUGAUGACUGUAUACACUGCUGAGAAAAUGUAACAUGAAAUAAUAAUAAAGGU